AUGCUCUCGCUUUCCUCUGUAUCCCGUUGCUCACCUCCCUCCUUCCUCUCUCAAAAGCCAAGAGCUCUAAGAUUCCUUACGGUUCGCUCUAGUUCCACAAGAGAGUCUAAUUCGAACCAUAAUCAAAGCCAGAGAAUCAAUUACUCUGGUGUAAAGCUUGAGGAGACAGUAGAUUCCAAGUCAGGAAAGUUAAGACUCGAUUCUUGGAUUUCUUCUCGCAUUUCUGGCAUCAGUAGAGCUCGUGUUCAGUCUAGUGUUAAAUCAGGACUUGUCUCUGUCAAUGGCAAGGUUAUCGAUAAGGUUUCGCAUAAUGUAAAAGCAGGGGAUAAGGUGAAUUGCGUAAUUUCGGAGUUGCAACCUUUGAGGGCUGAACCUGAAAAUAUACCUCUGGAUAUUGUCUAUGAAGAUGAUAAUGUUCUAGUUGUUAACAAACCUGCCCACAUGGUUGUUCAUCCUGCGCCUGGUAAUGCUACGGGCACGCUGGUUAAUGGGAUACUGCACCAUUGUAGUCUUCCAACCGUUUCGAGCCAGGAAGUUUUGUCGGAUUCAGAGGAUAUUUCUGAUGACGAUGAUGAUGAAGGGUUAUGUCCUGGCUCAUAUGUGGCAUCUGUUCGACCAGGGAUAGUGCAUCGGUUGGAUAAAGGCACCAGUGGAUUGCUUGUUGUUGCUAAGGAUGAACAUUCUCAUGCUCAUUUAUCUGAGCAGUUCAAGCUACACACCAUCAAGAGAGUAUAUGUUAGUCUUACCUGUGGAGUCCCCAGGCCAAUGGCAGGACGUGUUGAUGUUCCUAUUGGCAGAGAUGUGAGUAACAGGAUACGCAUGGCUGCUAUAGUUGGACCAAAUCGGAGACAGGCCCGUCAUGCUGCUAGUAGGUAUAAAGUAAUUGAAAUGCUAGCUGGUGGUGGUUCAGCUCUAGUUGAGUGGAGGUUAGAAACUGGUCGCACUCAUCAGAUCCGUGCUCAUGCAAAGUACAUUGGAAUUCCUCUAUUAGGUGAUGAGGUAUAUGGAGGGACCCGAAACAUGGCCUUGUCACUGCUUCGAUCCAGAACCCAGCCUAGCUUUCAUAGCCAACUUUCUUUAUCACUUUCAGGACUAGAGAGGCCUUGCCUCCAUGCUUUGGCUCUCGGGUUCACACAUCCCUGCACAGGGAAAGAAAUACAUUUUUCAUGCCACCCUCCUCCAGAUUUUACAGAGAUCUUGAGCCAGCUUCGUGACAUGGGAACAGAGAAGAAUUUCUUUGAGCAACACUGGGAAAAGAUUAACUGGGUGUCUGAGCAAGAUGACAGUGUGAAGAAAUGUGCUAGUGUGCAAACACGGAAUGGACAAGUUCAUGGGGAUGGUAAGGUUUUACUUUAUAGUUCUCCCCAGAAUAGUCUGCGACCAUGGUACUUGGGAGGCCAUCCACAAACAUUGGAGAAUCAGGAGGAGAAUUUUGCUUCUCGCACAUGUUUUGUUGUGAGAAUAUUAGAGAUUGUUUUUCUAAAGAUCCGCAAGAAGCAGCAUUCAAAUGUGAACAAUAAAACAUUCUAUGGUGCCACUUAUCAAAAACUGCAAUCAGAUAACGGUGUUGGUGCAUCCCCUGCAGCCAAUUUUCCUACCCCUUUUGAGUCUAUAACUACAAGAAUUCUAUCAAGACCACCAACUUCCAACCUAAAUGCUGGCUAA